UUUAAGCUUGAAGUUUCUUCAUUAUUCUUCAAGUGAAUCUCAAUGGAGAUCUUGUUUUCAAAAUCAAGAAGCUUAAAUCAUUUUCUAAUGAGAUCAAGAAAAUGCUGGCACAACUUGAUACCGAGACAUUUUGAGUCCAUGAAAGCUGGAGAGCAACUUAAUCAUGUAUACAACUAUAAGGAGGAUUAUCAUGAUGACCUUAAUGAUGAAGAUCAGCACACCCUGAAUUUCCCUGGAGGAAGGGUUCCAAUUACAUCUCAGAUGAAGUUUAUCUUAGAGUCAUCUGAAAAGAGACUACCUUGUUAUCGAGUCCUUGAUGAUGAUGGCUAUCUAAUUCCAGGCAGUAUAUUUGAACAGGUGAGCAAAGGAUUGGCACUAAACAUGUAUUCAACAAUGGUAGCACUUCAAACAAUGGACAACAUUUUCUAUGAAGCACAAAGGCAAGGGAGGUUAUCUUUCUACCUUACCAGUACUGGAGAAGAAGCUAUCAACAUUGCUUCUGCUGCUGCACUCACCCUAGAUGACAUUGUGUUGCCACAGUAUAGGGAGCCAGGGGUUCUUUUAUGGCGCGGCUUCACACUUCAAGAAUUUGCAGAUCAAUUGUUUGGAAAUAAGGCUGAUUAUGGGAAAGGCAGGCAAAUGCCUAUACAUUAUGGUUCCAAUAAGCUCAAUUACUUCACUGUUUCCUCUCCACUCACCACACAGCUUCCACAGGCCGCUGGCGUGGCAUACUCUCUCAAAAUGGAUAAAAAGGAAGCUUGUGUUGUGGUUUAUUUUGGUGACGGUAGCACCAGUGAGGGUGAUUUCCAUGCUGGUUUGAAUUUUGCAGCAGUAAUGGAAGCUCCUGUCAUUUUUCUUUGCCGCAACAACGGAUGGGCCAUUAGCACUCCUGUAACAGAACAAUUUCGAAGUGAUGGAAUUGCUAUUAAGGGGCAGGCUUAUGGAAUCAGAAGCAUUCGUGUAGAUGGCAAUGAUGCACUAGCAGUUUAUAGUGCUACUCGUGCAGCUCGUCAAAUGGCAAUAAAGGAGCAACGACCAAUAUUAGUUGAGGCCAUGACAUACAGAGUAAGCCACCAUUCAACGUCUGAUGAUUCAACAAAGUAUCGGUGCGUAAAGGAAAUAGAGCAAUGGAGAACAGAAAAAAGCCCCAUAACCAGAUUCAAAAAAUGGAUUCAGGGAAAUGGCUGGUGGGCUGAUCAAAAUGAAACUGAACUUCGCGGAAACAUCAGAAAACAGGUAUUGGAAGCAAUUCAAGGUGCAGAGAAAGUGGAGAAACCUCCAUUGAAAGACUUAUUUGGUGAUGUUUAUGACAAAAUGCCAUCAAAUUUGCAAGAGCAAGAGAGGUUUAUUAGAGAUACUAUUAAAAGAUGUCCAAAAGAGUAUCCUUCUGACGUGCCUGUGUAGGCUAUUUUCCCCUGAUUUUCGUGAUAUAUUAAGAUGGGGUUAUCUGUAUUAUCUGUGAGCUUUGUGUAUAUAAUUAUCAAGAAAUAGAUUUCACCUAGACCGAAGUA